UAAAAACUCAGCGGGAUUUUCAUAGCAAUUGCUACCGAUGAUCAUUUUGGAAGUUUGUAACCGAGCUGUAGAAGAAAUUCUAGUCACCAGAUUUGAACAAGCAAAGGAGGAAUCCAGAUAUGAUAAGAUUGAUUACACCGUUGCGGAUUUCGAUAGUAUUGUUUACACCAUAAGUAACCCAAAUAAUGAUAAGAAAAAGAUACUUGUCAGUAUACUCAUUAAAUUCUUCCAUGAAUUGAACGAACAUGGAGUAAAUGAAGUAUUGGCUCGUGAGUAUGGUGAUUUUCUCUCUUCAGCAGAGCCCAAUAAGAGCGUAACCUUAUGCAUAGAUUUGGAAAAACUACCUCCAGAUCAUAAUCAGUUAGCUCAUAAAUGUGGUCUUUUAAAAAGAAAUUGUAUGGCAGCUGUUUUUGAGAAGUUUUUCGAAUAUCAAAUUAAAUCUAACGUGGAUUCGGGUUCUAAGAGGGCGGUAAUACAUUAUAGAGACGAUGAGACAAUGUAUGUACAAGCAUUAGCUGAUCGAGUUACAGUUAUCUUUAGUACAACAUUUAAAGAUCCAGACGAUUUGUUAAUUGGAAAAGUUUUUAUGCAAGAGUUCACUGAGGUAAGAAGACGUCUUGAUCGAGCACCUCAAGUAUUGUAUUCUCAUCGCGUUCCACCAAAAGAAUUACAGGGAACUGAUGCAGUUAUCAGUGACUCAGUUGCGUACAUUACUUUUGUGCUUUUUCCGCGUCAUUUAUCCACUGAAUCUGCGCGUAAUUCUACCAUCGAUUUAAUACAAACAUUAAGAAACUAUUUACACUACCAUAUUAAAUGUUCCAAAGCUUAUAUGCAAAUGCGUAUGCGUGCUAAAACAGUGGAAUUCUUGAAAGUACUCAACCGUGCCCAUAUUGAACAUCCAACAAAUACUGUGAUUAAUACCAAUAUUACGACUGCUUCUGGUGAACCCACGCCUAUUUCACCAUCAGUGAACAAAAUCGGUGGUAUACAAAGUGAUAAUAUUGGUCGAACAAUGCGUACAGGUUAAUAUUUUCAAUCAAUCAAUCAACCAAUUUAUUGAUUGAUUGAUUAUAGGAGAAGAAAAAGUAAAAAGAAACAUUCUAUCACAACGUUAAUUUCUUUUAUUAUUCUUUACUCUAUUCACUUUGAUAUUUUAUUAUAUUUUUUUUUAAAAAUAUAGAAAUAUUCUUAAUUGUUUAUAAUAUCAAUGAUAGAUGUUCAUUAAUUAAUUAAUUGAAUAUCGAAGAAUAAUUACAACGAUAUUUCAAAAUAAUAAUAAUAAUAAUCAUGAAUACUUUAUUUUAUAUAUAUACAAAUAUUAUGUACUUUUUCCAAGUUAUUUUCUAAUGAUAUAAUAUAUGUGUCUAUAUUUUUGUUGCUAUCCUCCCCACCCCCACUUCCUAUUUUUUUCUCUUUGAUUACUUUGAAUGUCUUACUGAUUUUAAUUGGUAUUCCAUCUGGGAGGGGGGGUAUUCUCUCUCUCCCCCUUGUGCGCACUUGCUUGCUUGUUCGGUACUCUUUUUUUUUGAAGAAAAAAAAUCUUUUUGGCACAUUCCUUCCAGUUGGUGAUAUUUUUUUAUUGUUGUUGUUUCAUUCUCUUCAUUGAUCAUUCUAUCAUUGAUAUGGAACGAAUAUCUUGAGUAAGCAGUAUGUGAAAGUUGAU